AUGGCAUCUUCAUCGAACGAGUCACCGUUCUUGCCUCCUCGACGACCGAAAUCCGCUUCAGAAAUGGAGAACAAGCGUUUGUCAAGGAGUUCAACGCCACCGUAUCUCCCACCUCGACGCCCAGUCUCAAUGGCAUCGUCAACACAUGGACCGUCAAUACCCGUGUCUCAGAUCUCACAAAUGCCUGACCUGCCACAUGGCCUGCCAAGGCCUUCGAUAGCCUCUACGACAGCGACUACGACAGCGAUUCCGACACCGACUCUGACCCGUCACUCGUCGUUGCGCUACGAGAGGAAUUUCUGUAGAAGUCAGCCUGGGUCCGCAGCAAACUCCAUCUUCGAAUCACCUGCGGAGAAUCAACCACGUCGACCGCAGAGUCAUCCGCCUUUGAGAUCGGGAUCUGUGCCAGACAUCGCUGCGAGUGAACAGACUCCGAUCCCUGCGAUUCCGCCUCAUAUGCUGCCGAAUGACCCCUGGAAGUUGCCAGCCUUGGAACAGCCGUCCAUUUCCAGAAGUAGCUCGCAGCACUCUAGAAGCAUGAGACCGAAACCACGUGCUUCUCUCUCUCGGCUUGCCAGUCUCGACAGCCUCAUCACCCUCCACCACGAGCGCCGGGACUGGAAGCGCAAGUCCUUACAGCACCAAAGCCCUGCCUCGGACCAUGGCGACAGUCCUCUCGAACGCGAGCCGACGAUUCACUCAGAAGUGGAGACCCUUUCCGACCGCGACACCAUGGAAAUGAAGCGCAUGGGCGAACCUCCAAACUCAGGGGCCACGACGCCGCAUACAGCCUCAGCAGCCCAAUCUCUCAACGAGGACGGUACCCGGAAGCACAAAAGCAGAUUCCGGCACAUCGCCAUGGAAAUCGGCUUUUGCUUCACCAUCGCCAUGACCCAGCUGCUCGCAGAAUACAUGAUUUCCGGCUUCGCCAUCGAACUGCCCAAGAUCAUGAAGCGCCACGCCGCGAGGAACAACCCAGGCGACAUGGGCGAGUUCUGGCCGGCGAGUCUGCUCUCUCUCAUCCUCAGCGCGACUCUCCUGAUCUUCGCUCGCAUCUCGGAUAUGUAUGGCGGAUACUUCCCGUUCAUGUUCGGCGUGCUAUGGUUGGGCAUCUGGUCGUUACUGGCGGGUUUCGCUGGCGCGGGUAUCUUGCUCGACGUCUCGAGAGCGAUGCAAGGUCUCGCGAUUGCGGCUUCCAUUCCGUCGACGUUCGCCAUGCUUGGGAGUACGUACCCUGAAGGCGGUAAGCGGAAGAAUAUCGUGCUGGGCUUGUACGCAGGCUGUGCUCCUGUUGGUUUCUUCGCUGGGUUCCUCGUCGCAGGUGCGUUGCCGGAUAGUGCGCCUGGUUGGUAUUUCUACAUCGCCGCUGCCCUGUCUUUCAUCACGGCUAUCACGGCGUAUCUUACCGUACCGCAUGAUCCGACCGACAGGGAGAAGAUGAAUCUCAAGAUGGACUGGUGGGGUGCGUUCCUCAUCACCGCUGGUCUGAUUCUUGUGGCGUAUGCUCUCGCUGUGGAGCCUUACGCUGCAGCUGGUACUUCAGGGUCAGGCUGGUCAACGGCCAUGGUCUUGGGUCCUCUAAUCUGCGGUCUUGGAUGUCUUGGGGUGGCGUUCUGGGUGGAAGGAUGGUACAUGACCAACUCCAGCGCGCUCUUGCCCUUCGACUUCUUCAAACCCAAGAGCGUCAAGGCGUUGUCGAUGGCCUGUCUCUGCUUCUACGCCUCGUACGGUGUCUGGCUUUACGAAUCCGCUCAGUUCUUCCAGAGCCCAGAGCUGACUGGUACACCGAACGGUAUCCAAGGUGUCACGCUGGCCGCGUGGUACACUCCAACAGCCAUCGGUGGCUUGCUCCUCUGUGCAUUGUCUGGCGCAAUCCUGCACAGAGCACCGGUCAUGCUUCUAUUCUUCAUCUCGGCUCUGGCGUGGAUCGGCGCUCCCCUUCUCCUCGCCCUCUGCCCACUGCCGGUGAACUACUGGGCCUUCGUCAUGCCGUCGAUGCUGUGCGCGACUAUCGGCAUCGACCUGACAUACACGGUCUCCGUCGUCUUCCUCACCGCCGUAUCACCGCAACGAUAUCAAGGCCUGGCCGGAGCAGUGGGAUCCAUCCUCAUUAACCUUGCCAUGUCAUUCUCACUGUCAAUAUCUGAGAUCGUGGCCAAGAAAGCCGAGAGCGAUGUCGUGGUUCCAGCGCCUAGCUCGCCAGAUUAUGAAGAAGCGUCCUUCAGGCACAUCUCGUGGCCAUUUCAGGCUGCAUUCAUCUACGCUGCAGUUUCUGCUGGAGCUGGACUCAUCAUCUCGAUCUUCUUCGUUCGGAUCUCUCUUCCCAAUCCUGAGAGACCGCGAUCCAGCCCCUCAGAGGCAGACACUCUUGUCGGGAAUGAAGACCGCGAGCACUGA